AUGCCUGAAAAAGUCCAGAAAAGACACAGGAGAGUCUUCAGUUGCACAAACUGCCGCCGGAAAAAGCGGCGCUGUGAUAGGGGCGUUCCCUGUGGAGAAUGCUCCCGAAACGGCCUCAGCGAUUGCUGCUCCUACGAAGACGUCAAGCCAUAUAAACCUCUACUAUCCCAGCAAGGAGUUUCUGCUUCUUCAAGUCCUUCUUAUUAUACUGGUGACGAUAUCGAGUCUUACUGGCGGCAAAUGGCUCAGGUCAAGAAGGAAAAUGAUCAUGGCGCUUUGGGUGCAAAUGACUGGGAGUAUAAUCUCUUUGAGGCUCUGAACACACUGAAAGACGGCAAGGUGGAGACCAGUCUUCUUGGGUAUAUCACGAUGGCGGGCGCUGACCCAUUUACAGAUGUGGUGAAGCAUUUUUUUGUCAAGCAGAAGCUGCUUAACCGAUUAUGGAGUAACCUCAUUUCCAAGGAUGGAAUGGUGCCCAAGGAGAAACUAGGCCAGUUUGAGCAGAAGGCUAUGGUUCACUUUGGGGAUAAGCACCUUCGUCGCUUGAAUAAUCAGUCUACAGAUGCAGAGUAUAAUGCUGCUAGACAGGCCAUCACGGCGGGAAACAUCCAGCAUGGCCUCACAUUCAAACCAGACAGUUCGUGGACUACCCUUUCGUUGCUGGAACAGGUUCUUCAGAUGCUUCCUCCGUAUAGCGUUGUUCUUCUGCUUGUUCGAGAAUUCUUCCUGUUCCAGCAGAAAUGGUUGCCUGUGUUGGACGAGAAGGAGUUCUUUGCUGAGCUUAACAGGGUUGUUGGUCCUACUUUGGAAGGUCACUGUAUCGUUAGAAGCCUCAAGCUGCCUCGGGACGCUGCCAUCUUGGCGUCUUUGCUUUUGGCUAUCCGUCUUGCUUAUUCUAUGGUGGUUGAAACGAAAGCAGAUGCUCCAAGCAUCGACAGAACCAAUAUUUUGGAGCAUCCAGUCCCCAUUGAUGCUGCAGAAGUUGCUAUUGACCUUACUAAAGAGUUGAGCCACGCUACUUCAGCUGGAACCCACGGCCUUCGGGCUCUUAUGAUGCUCCAGACUUUCAACAUCUUCAGCCCAGAAAGAGGCAUGGUCACAGACCACUUUUCGGGUUUGGAGAUCAUGAAACGUAUCCAGAGCUACGCCGAGGUUUUGCAUUUGGGCAUUGACCGUCUGGUAAUCAGUAGAUGGAGGCACAAGUUGGAAAUCGAUGCUGCAGACACUGAGGAUGGUAGAGCCCUUUGGCACACCAUCAUACGUCUUGAUACCUUCGUUGGUAUCUUGUUCGAUAGAGGAGCUACGAUUCACCAGGAAAGCUAUAACGUGGAGUACCCAUCUGCUCACCACCCCAGUGAGGCUGCCGAAAUCUUCUGCGAAACACGAGCCGAGUUUAUGGCACUUCGGGAUCUUCUCACGUCCACCAGUCCCUUGGCUAGCAAGUUGAGGUACAGUGAGCUUGUGGAGAAGAUCCACCGUCUUGAGGAUGCCGUGGAGCAGAAGCUAGGCAAGCCUGGCGACUACUUGAGACCUUUGGAUGACGAAAAAGCGAACCUUAAGUGCUCCAAGUUUAUUUUGCUUGUUUUGACAAAAACCUGGCUCCUGGUGAUCUACUCCCUGUUGUACUUGUUCUUUGAAAACAAAGGCGAGAUUGAACUCAGUGUCCACUACGUGAAGAAGCGUUUUGGAAUCACCCAGAAGGAUUUUGGAUUUCUCAAGGCCGGCCUUCUUGACCACCUUGAUGAAUACUUUGGUCCUGGUUCGCUCGCCUUGUUGAAGCCAAUACUUGUCAAUGCUAUUGCGUCGCAGGUGGGUGCUGGUGGUAUUAGAGUCAGAGCAGCCUUCACUUUGAGGCAGUUAGAACGCCAGGCAAACCAAGAUAUUGUGGCCAUCAAGUCUCGGAACCUUUACGAGCUGGUCGUCAGCAAAAUCUUUGGCGCAGAAGAAUCAGCUUUGGAGCUUGCGGAAGCCAUGGCAGAGAAGUUCCAUUACGCCUGGGCGGUGUCGAGAUCCACACGUUUUGGCCAGAAGAUGAUCUCAGACGAGGGCAUUUUUGACACCACAGAGGAGCUUUCUCAGCGUGCCAGAGUGCACUACACGGUGGAUCAGCUCAAGAGCAUUGAUCUGGUGCUCAACGAUGCCAGUGUGGAGCACAAGCUGUACAAUGACAUGUAUGGCGAACCUGACAAAGAUAGCUCUUCAGAGGCUCGUGAGCUCCGUCUUUUGAAUGCUCUUCAGAUGGAAAAGAAGUGGCUGCUGAUAGCCCAGAUCCUGACCCACGCUCAGAAGUGUACUUUCAACAAGCGUGCUGGUUUGGUCGCCCAGGAGCAAACAGCCAGUGUUCUGCCCAUCGAAACAUGGCAAUACGACCUUGAGCUCUUACAGGGCUACGAUCCGCUGCUACUCACGGAGUUUUUGGGAACCCUACGAUGUAGAUAG